AGAUGAGCCGCCGCUGCCGCCCAUGGCCGCCGCCGCCGCCGCCGUCUUCUUCUUCUUCAACACAUCGCCGACCUCUUACGACCGCCGUCGCAGUCGCUUCACCAAACCUCAUUGUACAAGUCCGCCGCGCGCACACCCAUAUACGAAAGACGUCCAGGAAAGGAGCUCCGCUCCAGAAGGACGUGCCCUGGCCGGCGUCCUCCGGCAAGCCCAUCCCCAAGAUUCACCACAGCCCUGUCCUCCGCGUCUCCCAGACGCCUUACUCCAACUACGCCGUCUUGGUCACGAAGCAUCCUGACCCGAUCGGGAGCGGACUGGGGAUUGGAGCGGUGGUCGAAGCUGCGGGUCCGGAUUGCAUCGUGCCUGGUCAAAUCCCGCCUGUUAAAUUGCUUGGUUUCAAGGUAUGGUGAAUUAAUGUCGAUCUGAAGUUUAUGGAACCUGUCGAAAGGGAACUGAAUUUGCUUGGUAUUUGCAGCUCUUACGGAGAAAUCAUCCCUUUCUUUUGGUGAUAAGUUGGGGAUAUCUGUGAAAGAAGUAGCAAUUGUCACUUCGAGGUAAGAUUAUUCUUACUCCUUGGAGAAUCAAAUGUAGAAUCGCAGGGCCCAGCACUGUUACAUGACGGAAUUGGAGACAGUUUGGUUUUCCAAGUCUGUCAAGGAGUACUCACCCUUUGGCCAGGUUGGGCUCUGUAAAACUAUCGACAUCCCUGAUGCUAAUGCUAUCUUGAUGAUUGAGGAUCAAAAAGAUUAUUGGGAUGAAAUAACGUUGUGAGUGCUUAUAGCAACCCAAUUCCCUAUGAGGCUUUGGUGAUCCACAACUGCAAUGCGUCCUUCUCUAGCAUGAAUGAUCAUCUCUUGGAUCUUAUUAAUGGUGUACUACUGUGGGCCCCUCUUACGGUUUUAAUGAAUCGGACAAUAUCAAGUUAGAGCAUUGUCUGAGUGGGCAAUUGCUGAGAAUGUUCCCGAGAAGUUCCGCAAUUGCCAAAUGUCCUUUACCUAGAACUUGUGUCAAUGACUUUUGCCAAUGAAAUAGCUUUAAUUAGGGAGCCCAUUAUUUAGCUAAAUAUGUUUUUGUUUUGAUUAUGUUCAUUCUGUUAUGCUGCUGGAUCAUAUUUUGCAUUUGUGGUGUAGUUUUGAAAUGCUUUUAGCGCAUAAUUGCUCCUGGUGACCUCUUUGAGGGAGAAGUGUGAUGCAGUUUUAGUGUCAACUUUGUUUUGUGUAAAAUCUUUGACAUGUAAUUCUUAUGCAUCUUGUGGAUUAAUUCUUCAGGGGGUACAAAGUGUAUCAUGAUGAGAAGGGAGUGGAGGGACAGAGGGCAUUUCAAGAGGAAGCGGUUUCAAUCUUUGACGAUGAUGAACCUACUCUGAAUUGGGUUGAUAAUCUACUGGAUGUUGAUCCUCUGGACCGAUUCUGUCAUUAUCUGUCGGAAAAAGAGUAUGGACAUUGGAAAUGUUCGAGGGAGGAAAGAAACAGAGGCAAAAGACGAAGGAAGAAGAGGGGGAAAAAAGAGAGAGGAAGAAAUGUGUAUAAAAUAGAGGAGAAAGAGGAGAGACAAAGGAGAAAAAAAAGCAAAAAAUAGUGGAAGAAAUGCAAAAAUGUUGGAUGUUCUCGGUUUUAGAAUCAUAAGCCUCAUUUUAUAUAUAUAAACAGAAGGGCUUGUAGACGGUCCAAGUUAACCUGAAAUGGCACAUUUGUCUGCCAACUAUGUUUUUGUUUCGACUACAUUCUUCUGAUAUAUUACUGAUUAUUUAGGGUCAGUAGUGGAGUUUAUAA